AUGUGCGACUUCGACGAAUUCGUCUUCACCUGCGGACACUCCACCUUUGGCCUCAAAGCCUACUGCCACCGCGCCCGAAACGACCCCUACAAGGAAUGCCACUACGUUAAGAAGCUCCGGGACGUCUGGGACCAAACUUAUCCCUGCAGUGAGUGUGUGAACCAGGCACAAACGGCGGCAGCGGUGCAGGGUAUGCAUAUAGAUCCUCAAGGCCAGGGACAUGGCCAGCAAGGGCAGGGAGGGCAGGGGUAUUAG